AUGUAUUAGUAAGAAGAAUACGAAGUUAACAAUGAAGGCUAAGAAGAUGUUAGCAAGAUAAAUGCAUUAAAUUUGAAAUGGACUUUAGGUUUUAAUUUCUAGCUCACUGAUGGCGUUCACAAUUUAACAAAUGAAAAAAGAAAAGAAAUUUUCUAUCCUGUUGCGCACACUGGUGUUAUAUACGAUUAUGAAAACAAUACAUAAAGAUUAUUAUAGGGUCAUUGUAAUAGAAUUACAGCAACAGCAUAUUGCAAAUUCUCAGAUAUAAUUGUUACUGCUGACUGCGGUCCAGAUUCUAUGUUAGUAGUCUGGGAUGCAUCAACAGGUAUUCCUAAAAAGACUAUCUUUGAACCACAUCCUAAUGGUUGUUAAGCUUUAGAUAUUUCUCAAGAUGGACAAUUCAUCGUGACUCUUUCAAAAGAAGCUAAUACAGAUACUGAUGUAUAAUCUCUUUCUUUGUGGGAGUGGAAUAAAGAUGAUGAACCAUGUUUGAUUACCAAUGAAUUCGAUAGAAGAAUUAAGGAUUAUUAAUAUUUCGUUAGAUUCAAUUCAGAUGAUAACACUGAAUUUGCAACAACUGGUAAGACAAGAAUUGUUUUUUGGAGAAGAGAAGGAGAAUAAAAAGGUUUUAACUAUUAUUCCCCUGGUAACAUUCCAUCUCUUAAGGUUCUCACUCAAACAGUAUUUAUACCUGAUAAUACAUAGGUUGUUACAGGAACAACUGAUGGUCAUAUUAUUGUAUGGGAUAUUUCUCUUAUCAUAGAAAAAGUAGACACUCCAAAAGAAAGAAGAGCAAUUAAAUUGGUUGAUCUUAUGAAUAAAUCAAAAAAGCCUGAUGGCAAAAAAGGAUCAAAUUCAAUUAAUAUAUUAAAAAUUUAAGAUAACUAUUUAGUUAUUGGUUCAUCUAAUGGAUCUAUCCGUUUUUAUGACUUUCAAUACAGAAUUAUAGCUUGGUUUGAAGAUGCAAUUAUAGGCUCUAUCAGCAAUAUUUCUUUUGCAAAUACUCCAAUGAUUGAAGACAAUGAAGAUGAAGAUGGCUUUGAUGAUGAAAGAAAAGAUAAGGGUGAAAAUGAACCUAAAUUUAUCUGCCCUGACUUUAUUGUAGUAGAUCUUGAUGCAACUAUCACUAUGUUAAAUUACAAACUUUUUGAAGAAUUAGAUGAUGAAAAGAAAAAGGGAACUACUUUAAUGAAAUCUAUAGUUUCACCAAUUAUUGCAAUGAGUUGUAGACCAAACUCUAAUGUUAUUGGUAUUUGUUGUGAAAAUGGUUAUCUUUAUGAAUGGAAUUUCUAAGAAAAAUCUUCCGUUCUAUCUAUUUUAAGAGUAUUUGAUACAGAUAAAGAAAAUAUUCCUAAUUGCAUUGAUUACUCUCCAGAUGGAAAUUGGCUCUCUGUAGCCACUAAGUCUGGUAAAAUCCAUAUAUUCGAUUGCAAAGAAAAAUAAUGGCAAAACUCAGUUCUUGAAGUAUCUGAAAAUGAAUAAGGAAAACCCAAAGUUAAUAUGCAGGUAUUUUCUUCAGACUCAAAAAAUCUAGCUACUAUGGAUGCUGAUUAUGCUGUUUCACUCUUUACUAUUGAUCAUAGAUAAUUUGAUGUGAAUAUUCCAGAAAAGGAAUGGUAAUUCGUUGGAAAGCAUAGAAUCCAUCAUAGUGAAAUUAAAUCUAUAGCAUUUGGCGAGUCAAAAAAUGAAAACGAUAAAAAAUAUUAUAGAUUAUUUAGUAUUGGAGCAGAUAUGAAAAUGGUAGAAUAUGAAGUUCUUGAAAUCGACUAUAGCAAGCAAAAAGAAAAAGGAUAAUAAAUAAAUUAUAUUGACAGACUAAAGCUUAAAUCCAUAUAUCCAAUUGAAUAAGAAACAAUACCUACUGCAUGUAUCUGGUACCCUAUAAAUAUGUAUAAAGAAGAUGUCCUGCUUACAGUCAAUGAAGAAUUCAAAAUAAAAUUGUGGCAAUUUAUGAAGGACAAUUUCAAAUUUUGUAAAAAGACAUGUCUUGGUCCAAUUUAUGGUGGCGCAAUAAAUAAAUUACUAAUUUUAAAUUAAAACGAUGCUUAAAAUGAUUAUUAAGAUAAAUACCUUGCUUAUUCAACUAAAGAAAAAGUAGUAGGAAUUAUUAAGCUUCCUUUAGAAGGUAAUCCUAAUUAAACUAUGGGUUUAAUUGCUCACCCUGAUAAAAUUACUAGUAUUAGUUGCUCUAAUGAUGGUAAACACUUCUUUUCAUCAGGUUCAGAUGAUUAUUGUGUUAAUGUAUGGUCUGUCAAUGUGUAGGCUUUAGAAUAAAUAUUUGCAACCAAUCCAAAUGAAGACCCAUAUCCAAAACUUCUUGAAGGUGGAGAAGAUGGAUAAACACAUUAAGACUUAAAGAAUUUCUUCUAUUAUUCUUAGAUUAGAAGUAAGGAUGAGCAUACAACAAAAGCAAGAAAGCUAGAUGGUAAAGUGCCAUUAAUUGCCAUUCCAGAUAUGAUGAGGUCUAUGGGUUACUAUCCUACUAAUAAGGAAAUAGAAAAUAUGUAAAACGAAAUUAGAUUCUCUAAAUAUCUUGAUCCUGGCGAGUAGGUAGAAGAAUUAGACUUAAACAUGUUCUUGAAAUUAUUCGUCAAUCACAGACCUGUAUAAGGUAUUGGUAAAUCAAAAAUUGCUGAGUCACUUAAUACUUUAACUAAAAGUUUGAGUGAUUCUGCUAAGGAAAUUGCUGAAUAGGCUAAAGGUUAAUCUGUAUAACCUAAAACAUAUAAUAUUGAUGGCAUUGGAGAGAUUUCUUUAUAAGACUUAAAAAAAAUAUUAACCACUGAAGGAGAGCGUAUGACUAAUGAAGAAUUUGAUGAAUGUCUCAAAAUAUUAUGUGGUGAAAAUGAAGACUAAAUUCCUCAAUAAAUUAAUGUAAACAAUUUAUGUGAAGAUAUUUUAGGUUUUGAAGAUUUAGAAGGUGAAGAAAGAGAUGAUAACAUUGAAGAUUAGUAUGAAGAUGAAGAAAAUGAAGAAUAUGAUUAAGAUUGA